CUGAAGGAGUACCAGUUGGGAAAACUACGAGCCGCUCGCGUUGGAAACAGAGUGGUGGAAACUGGAGGGCUACACCUUUUAGGAGCUGUUCAUCACAGACCGGUUCUGGGGAUUUACAUGGAGAGUUGAGACUAGCAUGAAGUGUACACCUUUAAUGAUGUUUGUAUCCCCGGCUUUGGAAUUUGUUUUGUUUGUUUGUAUUGGGUUAUCCGAAGCUGCACCUCGUUCCGACGUCAACGAUGUAAAGCCUUUCAGGAGAGAACCCCGUGAAGCGUCCGAGACCACCCUGGACCUGCUCAACGCCACCAUGCCUAACCAUUUACCGGAGGAGAGGCUCGGAAUUGCCACAUUGUUAGCGCUCACGCCGGCUCCUACAACGGUGUCCCCCAGGGCGUUCGGCGGGACUGUACAACUUAAGACCACCGCAACACAAACAACCACAACUGCCACCACUGUACAACAAACAACAAGGGUACCUACCACCAAGCCCAGGGAAAUUGUUACAUCAACGACUUCAAAACAGAAAAAUGAUUUAGUUCACACGACACCAUUUACCGUUACAACGUCUACAAAGUCGAUACCUUCUCCUUUUCCUGUGGUAAAAACAACGUUUCCGACCGCGGCAACUGUGCUCACCGAUCGGACGACUAGUUCACGGUCUCCGAAAAGCACCGCUCCUCCGCUUACACCCACUACCGACAAUAGCCAAGACUCCCCGUGUAACUGCACCAGCGAGGGCGUCCUGGACCCAGAGGACUGUGACAGGGUGACGGGACAGUGCUCCUGCCUCUCGGGGUACACGGGCCUGCAGUGCGAGGACUGUGAGGAGGGACACUUCUCCAACGGUUCCACGGGCUGCCUGCCCUGCGGCUGCGACUCCUUCGGCGCCGUUGAAGACCGCUGCGACAGCGCGGGGAUCUGCGUGUGUAAAACGGGGGUGUACGGCCCCAAGUGUGACGAGUGCCAUCCUGGGUACUUCCGGUUCAGCAGCACGGGAUGCCAGCCGUGCCAGUGCAGCAACCACUCCGCCUACUGCCACCCGCAGUCAGGCAUCUGCCUGAACUGCCAAGGCAACACGAAAGGACCCGGCUGUGAGGAAUGCAAGUACAAUUUCUACAGGAGGCCGGAUGCUGCCCCGACAGACGCCUGCCUCCCCUGCCCCUGCUCCACCGUCACCUCCACGGGCAGCUGCCACUUCGAUUCGGCGGGACGCCCUGUGUGCGACCAGUGCAGGCCGGAGUAUCAGGGCCCCAACUGUGACCAGUGCAGGGAUGGCUUCUACAACUCCGACAGCAUCUGCGUGCCCUGUGAAUGCCACGGCAACGCCAACCCUGCUGCUGACCCUCGGCUGUGCAACCCGGACACAGGGCACUGCCUGAGCUGCGCCAACAACACCGCAGGCCCGCGCUGUGAGCUCUGCGCCCCGGGCUUCUCCGGAGACCCCCUCACCCACGGCUGCACCCCCGCAGAUGUAAAGACUCUUCCAGGCCCAGAGAUCAGGACGACGACGACAGCACCCCCCAGAAUCACACGCACCACCUCUACACCCGACAGCGGAAGAAUGACCUCCAUGACCAACUCCACCGGCCUGCGAACGGCGGUCACCACGCAAGCCCUGCUGACCAGUCUCGGCAGCCCCACAGACAACACCACGGCUGCCGUCACCGAGGUGUCCUGGACCCAGUUCAACAUCAUCGUCCUGGCCGUCAUCAUCGUGGUGGUGGUGCUGCUCAUGGGCUUUGUGGGGGGGGUCUACACCUAUCGCGAGUACCAGAACCGCAAGCUCAACGCCCCCUUCUGGACCAUCGAGCUGAAGGAGGACAACAUCAGCUUCAGCAGCUACCACGACAGCAUCCCCAACGCCGACGUCUCAGGCCUGCUGGAGGACGAGGCCAGUGAGGCGGCGCCCAACGGCCAGCUGGCUCUCACCACCUCCAUGAACAUGUAUAAGGCUUAGAGCGAGGCCACGCCCCAUCGGGCACCCUGCUGGAGGGAGAGCUGAGGACAUAAGCGUGGAGGCA